ACCGAUUCCUCGCGCCGCAUCCGAUCCCGCCGCCCCGCGCCGAAACCCUAGCCGCCGCCGCCCUCCAUUGACGCGCCAAGUCGAGCUCGAAGCCUCGCCUCCCAGAGCCGCCUUGUCCGUCGCCAAGCAGCCCAGAAGCAAUCCCGGAGCCGCCGCAUCCCGUUUGGGCCGAAACCGACGCGUCCCCGGCUCCGGAACCAACUCCUCGCUCUACUCCGACGACCUCCAUCCCUCUCCUCCGACGAACGGCAUCUCCCGGACCUCCCCGACGUGUUUACGUCCCAGGGCCGUUACCAAUCUUCCACUGCUCCCGCUUGCCCGCAGCCAUGGCGAGCAGCUUCGCGCUGCUGCUGCUCCUCCUGGCGGCGGUCGCGUCCACGAUCGCCGAGCUGGACGAGAGGGAGCCGCACAUCGAUCCAGCGUCCACCAUCGCUGAGCUGUUGAAUGCGGCGGUCACGUCCACCACCGCCGAGCUCGAUGAUGUCGAGCCAGCCGACUGCGACGGCUACAGGACUUACAUCGUCAUGCUCGAGCCACUAGAAGGAGGCCAAGAUGCUGAUGUUGAUGCUGCCAGAGCGUGGCACCGCUCCUUCCUGCCAUCGUCGACGACGGCACAAGGCAAGCCGAGGCUGCUCUAUUCCUACCGGACCGUCUUCACCGGCUUCGCCGCGUGGCUGACGGAUGAGGAGCUCAAGGAGGUCUCCGCCAAGCCAGGCUUCGUCCGCUCCUUCGACAACAACAUCUACCGCGGGCAGAUGACACCGACGCCGACGUCGGUGUCGUUCCUGGACCUGUCGAACCAUAUUGGGGAGUCCCCCGAUAACUGACCUGGUGUCGGCGGAUACUUGCCUUUGGACAUGGACAACAGGCACGUCUGUUAACGUAUAUACUAGAAGGAAAUGACCGCGCGUUGCCGCGUCCGGUCUAAUACAAUCGACGAUAAAUAAAUAAUGUUUUUUAGUGAAAAUGUAUAAAUAUAGUACAAAUAAUGAAAACAGUAGUACCACUAGCUCACUCUCUUGCAAAACGAUCACUGAGACAUACUCACAUAAAUAUAGAGAAGUAAAGAAAGAAACAUGAUUAUGUGAGUUGUAGCAAGAAUAUGACUACACCACUCAAGUGAUAGAACACAGGACCCCGUAAAAAAAGUUUAAGCUCUUAGAUACUUAGACAAUUAAAAUACGACCAGAAUUAUGAAAUGUCAUGAAAGGUAAAUUGUGUACAUGGUUCUAUGAAGAUUCCAACAAAAGAAUUGAACAAAUUUCCGACAAUAUGUA